ACUGAAUUUAGAAAGUUACGAAAAAUCACAUCAUAUAAAGCAGCCAGAAACAGUGCAGUUAAUAGCAUAGUCAUAUGAACAGGCCCUGAAGUCUUGUUUAGGUAUGAAUAACAAUUCCUUUAAACAAUUUAACUGUGCACAUCAAGCCAUGAUGGCUUUAGACUUGUAACUAUUCCCUUUUAAUAACAGUGUGGCUUAUAAUAUUGGCUUUUACCGCUCAGUCAUGGAAGUUAAUCAGAGGAAGUUAUGAAGUAACAUAUUCAUGCAUUCUUUUGUAGGCACAAAGGAGACUGCAUUUAUCUAUGCAGUGACAGCAGCAGGCCUGGUGCACUCUGUGACACGAUCAUGCAGCGCAGGAAACAUGACCGAGUGCUCCUGUGAUACCAACCUGCAGACCGGCGGCUCGGCCAGUGAGGGCUGGCACUGGGGCGGCUGCUCGGAUGAUAUCCACUAUGGAAUGUCGUUCAGCAGAAAGUUCUUGGAUGUGCCUCUCAAGAACAUAACGGGCAAGAAUGGGAGCGGAUUGGCAGCAAUGAACCUGCACAAUAAUGAGGCUGGGAGGCAGGCUGUCGCAAAGCUGAUGUCAGUGGAUUGCCGUUGUCAUGGUGUUUCUGGGUCCUGUGCUGUGAAAACUUGUUGGAAAACAAUGUCCUCCUUUGAAAAGAUUGGCCGUUUUUUAAAGGAUAAGUAUGAAAACAGCAUACAGAUAUCAGACAGACUGAAAAAAAAAUUACGCAGGAAAGAAAAAAGCCAGCGAAAAAUACCAAUCCAGAAGGAAGACCUGCUGUAUGUAAACAAAUCGCCCAAUUACUGUGUAGAAGAUCAUAAAUUGGGGAUCCCUGGAACUCAGGGAAGGGAAUGCAAUCGCACAUCAGAGGGGCCUGAUGGCUGCAACCUCCUCUGCUGUGGGCGCGGAUACAACACUCAUGUUGUCAGACAUGUGGAGAGAUGUGAAUGCAAGUUUGUCUGGUGCUGCUAUGUACGCUGCCGAAGGUGUGAGACCAUGACUGACGUGCAUACCUGCAAGUGAGAUUAAGUACAGAAAGCACAGCCGAAUCAUCUUGCACUGUUUUGUACAGAUAACUGCCACACAGGCAGUAAUUAUUCUUACCAUGUGGGAGUACAGGGGAUCAGCCUCAGGGGGGACGCGUACUGCCAAAUAAAGGGUAGUCUAAACAUUUUGGCUUAUGAAAGAGCAAUUAAGUGAAUAGCAGCCUGCACACACAGCUAGCUAAAACAGUGAAGAAAGAUUUCCGAUGACACAUUUGAAUAUGUAGCUCCAUGACUAGGGAGAGAUCUAAACUUUCCAAGUCUUUAACAACCACAACAUGGUGAAGAUCAAGGUGGUUGGUACGUACAGUGGAGAAAACUCAAGAUCUUGUUAGCCAGAGACUGAAGAGUCAAGAGGGCAUGUAAGACUUGUUAGAUAUAAUCCUUACUUCCAUAUUUUUAAGAGUGGGACUAGAUGGAUCCACUAGAUGGUUCAUUUCUGCAGGCUGAAAAAAAAAAAAAAAGAUGGAAUGUCGUGCUGUUAACCAUGAAGCAUUUGCUUAGCAUCUGCUUCUUGUACAGACAGCCUUCUGCAUAAUGUAAAGAAAAGGAUCUGGUACUCAGAAAUGAGUGUGAACACAGUUGAGCGCUGGCCUGGAUGGAAGUGAUGGUCCAUUCAGGUGGAGCAAACGUUGCCCAGAAAAGAGGGGCUACUGCACAGUUUGGUGAAUAUGAAUGGUAUCCCAAAUAGCAAAUUUUAAAGAUUUUUUUUUAUAGGAUGUCUUUCAAAUGCACAAAGAACAGGUCUGAGGAGAGACAGAAACUUGGUAUCGGAAGGAAAUAAAAUCCCUUGCAGGCAUUUCCUUAGUAUCUGAAUGCACAUUUUGCUAGUCAGCGAACUUUCCCCCCACUACUGGACUGUGUAUAAUAGAAACUGCCGUGUUCAACCAUCUUGAUGGUGAUCACCAUCAUUUUCAUAGUUUCCCUCCACAUGCCAUACAAGAUUCAUCCCAAAGAAAUUUGUCAUUAAGUGAAAGAAAUUUUAAAACAUGAAUUGCUUUCUCUUUCAUAUAAGAGCAGAAGCUAGAACAUUCACUAGAUUGCAUCCCAACUAAUCAUACUUAUAAAAUAAGUUCAAUGCACAAUGUAAUUUAUGGAUUGGCUCACACUACUAAAAUAUUUAAACUGUUAUUGAUAAUAUUUUCUCCUUCCCCCAUGUUGGCUCAAUUUUAUUUUACAUCUAUGAAAUGUUGUUUAUUUUUAUGCAAUGAUUUAAAGCCUGGCUUAAAAAGCAUCACGUGAAAGGAUUUCUGUUGUUUAAUUGUGCAAAGACAUAUUUUUGAUAAGACAAGAAAGUUUAUAUUUUGUAAAUAUUUAAAUUAUGCAAGUUAUGUAAAAGGUUCCCAGAACUAAUGUGAUAAGAUUACAGCCUUUGACAUUUACUAGUUAGAUCUUUGUUACUAUUGUAGCAACAUUUAAUUGAUUUUUAUUGCAUGUGCAGGGGGAAAUUAUUCAGACUAUUACAUAAAUUUUUCUUACCAUCAAGGUGGUUUUAACUAUUGCAACUAAUACACUUACUGUGACACAGUGAUGAGAAACACUUAUCUUAAUUUUCUAAAUGAUCAAUUAAUUAGUAUUCUACAUAUAUUUUCUAUUCUUCUAAAUUUGUUUUACAUACAGUGAAUUUCUGGCUCCAGUGGUCAGUGGCAGAACUCCAGUUGACACUAAGAGAACUAGGGUUGCAUCCAUGCACACGCUCCAUGCUGGCAGUCAGUUUUUAGAAAGAAACCAGCUUAGACAUUUUGGUUAAUGUUUUCAAAGUUACUUGGAGGAAUACAUUUCCUAAUUUUCAUUAAUUUCCCCAUGAAAGAUGGUGAUCCUGUGUCAAUCUUCAUUACAAGUUUAGGUUGGGAAGAAUCAAACAAAAACUUCUGUGUUUUCUGUACUCUGCUGUCUUAUGUGGAGUAUCUUAGGAACACCAAUUCAGUGAGCAAGAAGUCCUUUACCUGUCGGUUCCUUUUUGGACCAUUCCUCCACAUUUGGCCAAUCUGUCUCUGUUGACCAAGCAAGAUGAAUAUUCUCAGGCCACGGCAUGUGCCAUCUCUGGGAAAGAUGCUUAUCAUCCCAGUAGCUACCACAGGAGGAGUCUGUAACCUCCCUGUGAAAGCCUGAGUGGUAAGAACAUCUUCUGGUAGAAGUCCGCAAAGGGAGAGAGCUCUGAGCCCCAGGGUGUUCCCACCUUUGAGCAAUGAGAAUGAACCCGCAGUCUCCACAGGCUGUGCCAAAGUACCUGGCACCUGAGGCUGAGCCCUCUGUUGUCAGAGGGAUACGCAGAGGAUUGUGGGCUCAGGCUUUGCAGAGUCAGCAUGGGUUGGGAUGGGCUACUGGUCACAGCAGAUUUGAAGGUAUUGUAGAGACUCCCUCUCCCCAACACAGGGGCUGACAAGGAAGAGGCUAUUGACUUUGGAGGCGUAGCAUUGUAAUACUCUUAUAUAGGUUUGAAACUUUCUAGGAGCAAGAUACAUCUUUUCUCUUUAAAAAUAGCUACAUCUCGCUUGCUUAUCUGAGAUAAGCCAUUAGAUAGCGAGAUUAGAAAAAUAUAGAAAGAAAUUCACCGUUUGCGUGGGGGAAUGGUCUUAUCUCAGUCCGGUUCCUUCACCCUGUCCUUGUAUGUAUGGAGCAGCAGUUUGUGAAAAGUAGCAAACCUAUGAAAAAAAUGCCACAACUUUACUUUUUGAAGAAAGGAUAAUUGUAACCUCUUCUUAAAGUGAAAAUGAUAUCUGCCUAUUUGAAAACAGAAAUGAGUGCAAAUUGGUUGUGUAAGUUGUAUCGAGUAAAGUGCUGACAUACUCAGAGGAGUUACUGCAUUACAGUUGGUCGUUUUGAUCUACGUGCUAUUCCGUGCAUGCAUCAGUAACUAAAGAACAGCAUCUUUUUCUUGCCUGUUGGAGGCUGCUCGUCAAAGGAUGUGUGUUAAAUGGAGAACGCCUCCAUUGCUAUCAAAAUGUCUCUGUUCUGGGCAGCACUUUUCGGUGAAUGACAAGUAUGUGAAACGCGUAAAGUAAACAGCAACAAUUAGGACUAUUCAUUCAAAGGAAACAAUUUCUGAAUGAGCUGAGAUGCUUGACUUCAUUGAAGGAUGAACUUUCAUGAGAUAGCAAACUUGAUUUUAGGGAAGUUCAUCAUAGACCAAAAUUGUCAUGGCUAUGUCAUGUAAAGUGCUGAAACAGUACCAACUCAGUCCGGUGGCUAAAGUUUGUUAAAAAAAAACAGGUAGAAGGAUCAUUCCACUGGGGCAAACUUUGUGCCAAAUGAGGCAUUUUCUGUCUGAGCCCCUCUAACUUAACAUAUGUCAGGUGUCACUUGCCCUCUUGUCUAUAAGGAUAAAGCCAUUUUGAAAUAUGUUGAAGUAUGAGGAUGAAAUAAACACUACUUUUGUUCUGGAUAACCUGCAAAAAUCAUAAUUGUGAAUCCUUUCCUGACUGUACCCAGUUUGUCCUGCCGGCCAAUCUGGAAUGCCCCAGCUCAGUUACAGUGAACAUGGAACCAUGAUUUUAUUGUACAUUUCAGGCAUG